AUGGAGUUCACAGGUUUCCUCUUCACGCUCUCCUCUCUCACAGUCUUUCCUUACAGAUCUCAGUUGUUUAAGUACGAGUCUUUCUCUCUGAGCUGCGACGAGAGCAGGAAGUCGUCUGGUUGGACGGUGAAGGCCAGAACGGUCCGAGGACUUUCAGAGUGUGGACAGGACUGGGGCUCUUUGCAAGAGUCGUCCUGCAUCAUCAACGAAGCCUACAGCUGGCACAGUGGAGUGUACUGGUGUGAGUCCACAGCAGGAGAGAGGAGUCCAGCUGUCAACAUCAGCAUCACAGAGAGUAACGUGAUCCUGGAGAGUCCCGUGUUUCCGGUGAUGGAGGGAGAAUCUGUGACUCUGCGCUGCACAACUCAAAGCAACUCUUCAGACCAGCAGGUCAGCAUCUUUCUGAGGAACAGAUCUUUCAUCAGUGCAGCCGUCACAGGUCAGAUGAUCAUCCCUGCCGUGUCCAAGGCUGAUGAAGGCCUCUACAUGUGCAAGGUGACUGAAAUGGGGGCAUCGGCAGAGAGCUGGCUCACUGUCAGAGGUCAGGAAAUACAGUGA